CAGCCCUGCCCGCCCCCGGGGCGUCCUGCCCGGGGAUGCUGCGCCGCCGGGGAGUCUUCAGCGUGGAGCCGCUCUGCGGCCGCGAUGGUCCCUGGGAGACAGCGGAGAGCUGCGUGGUGCGCACCUCCGCCAGCGUGUACCGCCGGCUGCAGGAGAGCCCCCGGCAGCCCCCGGUGGGGAUGAGCGCCUGGGGACCCCCCGUGCCGCCCCCCCAGUCCCCCGGCAGACCCCCGGCGGGCGGGCGUCUCCUGGAGUCGGAGGACUCCGGCGUGGAGAUGGCCAGCAAUGACCACUCGCCCUCCACUCCCCUGGGCUCUGAGAGCAGCUUCUCCCUUGACGGCUUCCCCCGGGAGAAGACCCCCCUUGGAGAGGAGCGGGGCACCGAGCCCCCCCGCCCCCCCCGCAGCCGCUCGGCCAGCAAGAAGCUGGUGCAGGCGGUGCAGCGCAGCAGGAGGCAGCGGGCACCCGGCCGCUGCCCACGCCAGCUCGGCCGGCGUGGGAUGGACCUAGGGAUAGAACCGGCGCGGGACCCCCGGGAGCCAGAGAAACCCACCAUGGAAGACCCUGAGGGAGCGGCCGUGCCGGGGCAGGGGCUGCGGUACCUGGAGCACGUCUGCCAGAUGCUGGAGCGCCUGGCCCGGCUGCAGCAGGACAACCGGCUCCUCCGGCAGCAGGCGACCGAUGGCCGGCACGCCUGCCCUGACACCACGCCCACCCAGGAGCUGCCAGGGCGGGAUGCGGCUGCGUGGAGGGGUGAGGGGUUCCGGCCGCGCUCCUGCUCGGACAGCCAAGCGCCAGCACCCGACGCCGGGCUGUGCCGGAGGACGUGGGGGCACUCUGCCAGCUCCCCCAGCCUGCUGGACCCCCCCGAGAGCAGGGCGUGCGCCCCGGCACCUGACAAGGACGGCCGCUCGCACUGGGGCCGGGUGAAGGUGCUGCUCACCCGCCUGACCCGCCGCUCGCUGCGGGGCGGUCGAUGCAGGUAGGGCUGGCGGGGGAGGGGGGGUCCUGCUCCGGCCGCCCCUGGAUGGAGGAGCUGCAUCACACCUACUGCAUCACACCCCACUGCAUGACGUCACGCCCACCCGGGGCCGGUCCCCGGCCCGGCACCCCCCCACUCUUCUUUAUUUUUAA